AUGGCCGGCCUCGGCCACCCCGCCGCCUUCGGCCGCGCCACCCACGCCGUGGUGCGGGCGCUGCCCGAGUCGCUCAGCCGGCACGCGCUGAGGCGCGCCCAGGGCGAGGAGGUGGAUUUCGCCCGCGCCGAGCGCCAGCACCAGCUCUACGUGGACGUGCUGGGCAGCAAGCUGGGGCUGCAGGUGGUGCAGCUGCCGGCCGACGAGAGCCUCCCGGACUGCGUGUUCGUGGAGGACGUGGCCGUGGUGUGCGAGGAGACGGCCCUCGUCACCCGCCCGGGGGCGCCAAGCCGUAGGAAGGAGGUUGACAUGAUGAAAGAAGCAUUAGAAAAACUUCAGCUCAAUAUAGUGGAAAUGAAAGAUGAAAAUGCCACCUUAGACGGAGGAGAUGUCUUAUUCACAGGCAGAGAAUUCUUCGUGGGCCUUUCCAAAAGGACAAAUCAACGAGGUGCUGAAAUCUUGGCUGAUACUUUCAAGGACUACGCGGUCUCCACAGUCCCCGUGGCUGAUUCUUUGCACCUGAAGAGCUUCUGCAGCAUGGCUGGGCCCAACCUGAUCGCGAUCGGGUCUAGUGAGUCGGCACAGAAGGCCCUCAAGGUAAACACAACGCUGAGCUCCCACUGCCAUGACUGUCUCACUGUGCCUGACGACAUGGCUGCAAACUGUAUAUACCUAAAUAUCCCCAGCAAAGGACAUGUCUUGCUGCACCAAACCCCAGAAGAGUAUCCAGAAAGUGCAAAGGUUUAUGAGAAACUGAAAGACUAUCUGCUGAUCCCCGUUAGCAUGUCUGAACUGGAAAAGGUGGAUGGGUUGCUCACCUGUUCCUCAGUUUUUAUUAACAAGAAGGGGGACUCGUGAGUGAGAGGCCCUUCCGUGUAGCCGGCAGGAUGGCCCGGGCCAGGCUGAAGACUGUCCCCACUCCCUUUGUUUUUCUUGACAAUCUACUGUGCCACUGUGCUACUAACUCUUGUUUACAAAAAUUGAAUUCUAAGUUUAAUUGCUUUGUUUUAUGCGCCCUCACCCCCGUACCCCUCUCAGUGGUACCUAAGCUGUGGAUGUGCUAAGUGAAUUGAGCAACCUAGAAAAUAUAGAACUAAUGAGUCAUUGAAAUGUGAUUAAUAAUAGUGUGGAAACAUCAUUUUAGUGUUCGCCUUAUCUGUGCAAAAAUCAUUUAGUUGCAGUACGUUCCGAUGAAUACCUUUUUGAUCAGUCAGAUAAGCUAACUUUUUUCCUCUGUAUCAUGAAUCAUGUUUGGUGCCUGUGAAAUUCCUGAUCCAAUGAUUCUCCCCAUUCUCUGUUUUCCCUUCUGAACUCUGAAAACCUUUUUUCCAAGUACUUUCUUUUGCCUUUCUAUCACAGCCACCUUGACCUUGGGUGAAAGCAACCCAAGUCUUGCAUUUUAGACACCUCCUUGCAGAUCAACCCAGUCUGCCCGCAGUCUCCUCUCCCUCAAGGCAGACAUCUUCUGUCCCCACCAGCCCUCCCUCCCCUGAGGGGACAAAACAGGGGCCUCAGAAGAACUGUGACCAAAGUCAGAGUGGCUGCUUGGGCAGUGUGAGCUACACAGAGGCGCGUCCUCACAGGGUUUGCCUGGGAGAUCCAAAUUCCAGAAGUCACGCACCACACCCGGGAAGGGAAAUGCAGCCCCAGACAGUUGCUAAGGGCUCCAGCUCAAGAAGCAUGGCAGCACCCAAUGGGUGCAAUGUCUUAGAAAGUCUCUAAGUCACAUUCCAUGGAUCUUUACCUCGGCACUAUUCAUGUGGGAGCUGGAGGGGAAACUCAGUCUUUUCCUUUCAGCUUAUUUCUGCUACCCUCUCCCUGACUCCCCCUUACCUGCUCUCACCGUCAUUGCUUUCCAAAGAGACAUCUAAAAAUGAUUACUGACCUGGUGAGAGCCGAGGGAGUAGCCCCACGUGGUCACGGAGUGUAUUCAAACAAUGACGAACAUGGUGCCUAAAACAACUUCAGGCAUUGGGUGAUUCUGCUUGGGAAUAAUAUCCAUGCAUGCUUACUGUGGAAUGCAGUCGAAACUUCUUUCUUCUCUAUCCUGUGCAUUCCAUAACUCUCCACUGACAUGGCUGUCUUAAAAACAACAAAGCCACAAUGAUGGUAGAGAUUGUUCUUCUACUUAAGAGUUGAAAGAACCAGCCUAGGGGUCUGGUGCUUUCCAAGGAAUGAUGACUGAUCCAGGUGUAUUAUCCAGCCUCCUCGUCAUCUCCACCUUUCCUGUGUUACCCAGUGGUUUGCGGUUAAAGAUUUAAAAUCAGGGAGACUAAGAAAUAUUAUUUCAGUUCUCACUCUGACCACCCCCGUGUAUGUAUUAAAACCACCAUUAUGGUGGUGAACAAGAGAGAGUUCCCCUUAGUUGUUUUAUACCCCCUUAGCAGGCGAAGGGGAGAAGGCACUGGGAAAAUGAAGACACCUUUAACCACUAUCUUUUUCAUUUACUUGAUGAUUUUAUGUCUGCAAUUUGAAGAAAUACCUUCUCUUUUUCUUCCUUAUUAUUCAAAAUUUAUAUCACCUGCAAAUACUUACCAUCAUACAUCCUAUGAAUGAACCACAUCUUGGUCUCACUAUCAUAUUUUCAAACAGAGAGAAUGAAUGUUAGCCACGUGCUCAAGUUAUUAAAGAAAAGUUGUUCUCAGUAAUUAAGAUUGCCUCUUUGGGUUAAAUCUGGUCCUAUGCUGGCAAAAAGCAGAAAUCCUCCCUGGGAAGCUCACCAACUCAAAAACAACCACAAGAAAAACAAUCCAAUCAGCCACUCUAGGCUAACUGGCUUACGAUUUUCAAUAGCAUUCCCUCUGUCAUCACUACAAUUAAAGAACUGUUCUCUAUUAUGUUUAGUUAAAUACAAAUGCAUACAUUUUUCUCUUUAAUGGUCUGUUCUGCCAGAGGCAGUUUUGUGCUUUCCCUUUCCUCUGCUUCUUUCCCU